GGACAGUGCCUUUGUCUUUAGAGGCCAUGGAUCCGGUUUGGUUGAGCAACAAACAGAACAACUCUCUAUUAAACUCAACGACAGUCCAGUCGACCUCAUAUCAGGACCGACUCGAGGCGUUGGACUCACCGAUGCGGGCGUUCCUCAUAUGUCUGUAUUCCAUGACAUCGAUGUUGGCAUUUGUGGGCAAUAUUAUAGUGAUUGUCGUCGAAAUAUUAGGCAAAAGGUCGGCCAAAAAUUUGCGGGUUUUCCUAAUAAAUUUGGCCGUUUCUGACAUCUUGAUCGGUGUAUUUUCCGUUCCCUUUACAUACACUGACUUUAUGUUAGGUCGUUGGAUAUUUCCCGGUUGGUUGUGUCCUUUCGCACAAUUUGUUCAAAUACUCAGCGUUUUUGUCACUACAUUCACGCUUACCGUCAUUGGUAUUGAAAGAUAUUUCGCUAUACUAUUUCCGCUAUCAAAUAAUAACCAGUGGUUCACCAGUCGAUGUCAUAUAGUAUUGACAUUAGGAUGGAUAUUGGGAGGCAUAUUAGGACAUGUAGCCAUGAAAUUUACGACAACAAUACCGUUUCGAUGGAAUAACCAGACCUACUAUGACUGCCGAUUGGAAGGUAUGGACUACUUAUGGGAACAGAUCUACAAUACCUCUGUCUUUAUAUUGACGUUUGCUAUACCACUACUCAUACAAUCCUACUCUUAUGCGUCCAUCGGAAGAAAACUAUUGAAAGACAAAGUCAUUAAUAAUAGAUUGGCUUUAAGGAGAAACAGUGGAUCAGAUCGAGACAAAGCAAAAAUAAUCCGUAUGUUGAUAGCAGUGGUUAUAGUGUUCAGCAUCUGUUGGUUACCAAUCAAGACAUUCAUGUUAUUACUUGCUUUUUGGCCAAAUAUGUUGGAAAUUAACGAUAAAAUUAGUUAUUAUACAUAUAUCGCCAGCUUUUUCUUUUGCCAUUGGCUGGCAAUGGCCAACUCUUUUGUCAAUCCUAUAAUUUACUCAUUUAUGAGUAAAAGUUUUCGCGCUGAUUUCAAGGAUGUAUUACUACAUGUGUGGAACUUAUUUGUGGUGAACCCUUCAAAGCCGACCAAACAUAUCAACCGAAUCAGUCGCGUCCACACAGAGAAAACCAUUAUCCAGUUCUGAGGGGAACACCAUUUCAAACACACACACACACAUCAAUAAUUAUCACAUUCAACAAUACAUGAGCUAACAUAUGGAUAAUAAUAAUUAUAUAUA